ACUAAGACCAAGAAAAGUAAAAAAAUUCUUAACAAACAAUUUGCUGUUAUGAAGAAGACAAUUAAACCAACAGAUACACGAAUAAAAGAAGAAAAGAGAACUAUUAUAAAAAAAAAAAUAAAUGAAAAUAAAACAGUCACCGUUCGUCAAGUACCUCAAACAAGUUCAGCUUUGUUUUUCCAGUUUAACAMACAGUUGGGACCACCAUAUCAUAUCUUAGUAGACACCAAUUUCAUUAGUUUUUCUAUAAAAUAUAAAAUGGAUGUKGUUCAAAACAUGAUGGAUUGUCUAUAUGCUAAAUGUAUACCAUAUGUAACAGAUUGUAUUGUUGGUGAAUUGGAAAAAUUAGGACAAAAGUACAAAAUAGCUUUGAAAAUUGUUAAAGAUCCACGAUUCCAAAGAAUACAGUGUAUGCAUCCAGGCACGUAUGCUGAUGAUUGUUUAGUUCAACGAGUAACUCAGCAUAAAUGUUAUAUUGUAGCUACAUGUGAUAGAGAUUUAAAGAGGCGUAUUAGAAAAAUUCCUGGUGUGCCACUUAUGUAUAUUGCUCAAAGAAGGUAUACCAUUGAAAGAAUGCCUGAUGCUUAUGGUGCUCCUAAAAAUUAAGUUUUAAUGUAAUGMUUAUCAAUAGUUAAAUACAAAUUUUAAUAUUUUGGUAA